UGCAGUGUAGUUGCGUACGCUUCGCCGCUGGCCGCACCGCGCGCGCGCGCUCCUUCACAUGCACUUUACGAACACAUAACUUGUUUAUAAAAUUGCCGAAAUUUAAUGAACUGUGAAUUUAGUGGCUAGACAUGGAUUGUGAUAGGAGGUGAUAUCUGUGGUGCAUGCUGAUUUUAUUUCUGGUAACAUGAGCGGAAGCACAGGCGGAAAUGCAGUUCCGUCUUCGAGUGCGGGGAGCGGUGUGACGGAUACAACGAGGCGCGGGCGCUGCAAGUGGUUUAAUGUUGCUAAGGGUUGGGGGUUUAUAACCCCUGACGACGGCGGACAGGAUGUCUUUGUUCAUCAGAGCGUCAUCCAAAUGCCAGGCUUCAGAUCACUUGGUGAUGAAGAGGAGGUGGAAUUCGAGUGCAAAGACUCCGAUAAAGGACUGGAGGCCACUCGAGUCUCUGGGCCAUCAUCGGUAGACUGUCAGGGCUCGCACAGACGUCCGCUGUCCAAAAAGCGCUUCAGGAAGUUGCGUUGCUACAACUGUGGCGAGUUCGCCAAUCACAUUGCAGCGAAAUGUGGUUUGGGCCCACAACCGAAGAGAUGUCACAACUGCAAGAGCGAGGGACACCUGAUUGCCGACUGUCCUAUCAGGAUUGAGAAGAAAGAUGAAUCAAAGCAAUCGAGCAGUUCCCAAGGCAGCCAAGAGGACAACCAAUAACACGAUACCUAACCGGCUUCAGUAAAGCUAAGACAUCUUCGUUAUUUACAGUUCAAACGGUUUAACUUAAUUUCUAACGAAGUAUUUGACCAAAGAAGUCGGUUAUAACUUUUCCCACUGAUUCGUUGUAUUGGUACCAUAGACCAUAGACAUAGAGUUGUCAAAUACGAUUGACAUAAUAAAAUGAUAAAAGUCGAAACGUAAAAUAGGCCCUAUGAAUAUUUGGCAAAGGUUCAUAAUGAUCACGCAAGACCGCCGUCUCUUUCUAAUUCUUGAAGAAAGAAAGAGAUGUUGAAUCCUUCCUAAAACCUCAAUUAAUGCAAAUCUAUCGAAAUCUUUUACUCAAGUGGUGGGAGACAGAAAAAUUGAGCAAUAUUAAAUAAUACUUAAUAUUUAUAUUGACUAUUAUAAAAAUACGAGUACACAUCGACUUAUAUUUUCAUAUUAAUAUUUUAAAUAUUGCAGUUACAUGGUAAGUCUUAACAGAUACGUCUAUAUAUCUAUCUCUCUCCUUCUAUAUCUUCAUCUCACACGCCUCUUUGUCUAUGGUACGUAGUGUUUAGAGUACUUUUAAUUGAAAACAACUACCUCAUAACGUUAAAAUAUUAUUUGUAUUUUAGAAGACUGAAUAACAAGAAAGUACAAAAAUAUUUGACGUAGAUUUUACUUAAGUUUGACGUAGUACAAAUUUUAUGUGUUCGAGUGUUUUAUACUCAAUUUUUUUAUACCCAAAGUUGUGUGUCUUUAUAAUGACUAUUUUUAAUAUAAUUAUGUUGUUGUUACGCCCAAUUUUAUGUCAUUUAAGUAUAGAUUUUAAUCGCAGGCGCUUUCGCGAUCUUGUUGGUUGAAAUUAAUUCAUUUUUCAUAACAAAAUCUCACAUAUAACAAAAAGGUCUAAUAAAAUAUUAAAUCUCGAAACAUUUAUAAACUUAGCAGCGCAUCGUACGCGCAAAACUAAAAAUCAUGAUA